AUGAGUAAAGCAGCCAAUCGGCGCAGAAAGGGCCGCGAUGGGCCGCCUACGACGCCUUCAUCACUUGCAGUCUUACAGCCAACCCUUGACCUGUUCUGCCCUGCGGAAGCUCGCGCGCGGUGCCUUUUUACGGCAUCGGAAGCCCUUGCAAUAACGUUUACUGAGCCAACCAGACCACUGAGAACUGCGGAUACCCUCCCUUGCCCGUUUACAACGGCCACCCACAGACUUGGGCUCAAGCCUGGGUUCGAGAUGAAUGAAUGCUGCACUCCGUACAGACUGGCUGGACUCUGCUGUACCGCACACGAGCAUACGGUACAUCAGCGCGGGUAUGCGCAUGUUGCAGUUCCAAGGGCCGAAUUCAUCCAUUCUCCCUGA